AUGGCGGUGUUCAAAUAUUUUGCAAUAGUAUUAGCAUUUAGCGUGUGCGUUUCAGCAAUAGUCGGGACCUCAAAUGUAACGAAGCCUAAUGUACAAAAAACUGAUACGUAUUUAGAGGCAUACUCCAAAUCGCGUGUAGAAGCUGAAAAGGCCAAAAAAGGUGUCGUCAUAAUAACAGCGAAAGAUGGUGAGAAGAAGAUUGCCAAUCGCGAUGAUAGCUACAACUCUGGGUAUGAUUACUCACCCCCAUUUUCAAGUGACAGUAGUUUCAGUUCCUCUGGGCCCUCAGCGUCGAACAGCUACUUGCCACCGUCCUCAAGUUAUGGAUCACCUGUGAAGUUUGAGUCAGAAAUAACCUACGACGCUCCACCAAAUACUUACGGACCACCAGCCCAAACAUAUGGGCCUCCAGCACAUACAUAUGGCCCACCAGCUCAAACCUACGGGCCCCCUGCGCAUUCAUACGGCCCGCCGGCGCAAUCUUACGGUCCACCAAUUCACAAGCCGCUGCCACCACCAUUACCACCGCCAAUUUACGGCCCGCCUCUGAAGCCAUCCUAUGGAGUUCCAUAUACUGCACCAGCUUUUGGUCUUCUAGAUAAACUUGCAUUUAAACUUGAUAUUUUGACGAUUGCAAAAUUGUUGUUAAAAUUGUUAAUAUUCAAGAAACUGGUGACUAUGUUGGCCGUGGUUUGUAUGUUGCUUGUGAUACCGAAAUUAGUCUCGUUUAAGAAAGAUGCUCCUUCUAAUGUUGGAAACGAUGAAGAAGACCGUAGUUUUGAUAACAAAAAAGUGGUGGAGUUGACAUCGGUACAGCAACUGUUAGAGCGAGCCAUCUCGGUUUAUGGACAACAACAGCCUAGUUGUGGUGCAACAUGUCGUGUACGCAGGGUCAUAGAUGACAUAUACCAAUUUCAACCAUAUUUCAGGGAAUCAAAAUGA